AUGUGCGAGAAAUAUAUGUGUAAGACGGAUUGUGAGAAUCCACGGAAAGUUGAAGGACAGUGCUGUCCGGUUUGUGAUGAGCCAACAAUCAUUCGUCCACCUGCAACCUGCCCAUCUCUGGAGCUUUGUUCGUUGAGAUGUGCCAACGGUCUUCGUAGAGACAACAUCGGGUGUUAUGUCUGUGAAUGUCUUCCAGAUGAGGUCCAACUAAUCCGAGAUGCAGAGAACUCAAUUGAUGAGAACUGUGAAAAACAAUGCGCUCACGGAUAUUUGAAGACGAAGACGGUUGCACUGUAUGCAAAUGCUCCAAAUGUCCACCACUUCACCAAUGUCACAAGCACUGUCUCUACGGAUUCGAGACGAAUUCAGCGGGUUGCUCGUUGUUGCAAGUGUCGAGCUUCAUCGAAAUUGGAUAAGAAGCCAAACACAACUAAAUCGACGAAAACUGGUGGAGCUGGCUCUUCGCAAAUGACAGAGUAUCAUAGUGAGAAGUUGAGUGUACUUAUUUUAUUC